GGACCUUUUUGGGCAGCGGCUCACGCAGCUACUCGUCUGUGCGAGAAUGACUCCAAUAGUUGUUCAAUAAUAGACACAUUGAGUCAGCCACCAACCUCGACCUCAAUACUUUCAGCUGCUCUCCUCUUUACAUGCUGGCUUGGAACCCGCUGUUCAGAGCGAAGCCGUUCCAGUUUUCCACUCUUUCGCACACUGUCCGUUCCUUUUCUUGCACUCCCAUUGUAUUGAGAGCCCAGGUCGUCAAGCGCUCGAAAUCCUCGCCCAACAUGGCUACAGCGACUACGAAGAAAGGCCAACCUCUGGACCGCGGAGUGAUUGAGUCAGUGCUUCGAAGACGACUCUUCUACACUCCGUCCUUCGAAAUUUAUGGCGGAGAACGUGGCCUUUUCGACUACGGCCCGCCUGGAUGUGCACUUCAAGCCAAUGUGGUCGACCUGUGGAGAAAGCACUUUGUGCUGGAAGAAGAUAUGCUGGAAGUUGACUGCACAAUGCUCACACCUGAAGCGGUUCUCAAGACCAGUGGACACGUCGAUAAGUUCGCUGACUGGAUGUGCAAAGACCCAAAGAGCGGAGAAAUCUUUCGUGCCGAUCACCUGGUCGAACAAGUCCUGGAGGCCAGACUGAGGGCUGACAAGGAUGCUCGAGGAAUGACGAUUGAGGUUGACGAGGCCAAGGAGGCCAAGAAAAAGAAGAAGAUCAAGGACACCAAGAUUGAGAAGCUUGACGAUGCAGUCGUUCAGGAAUACGAAGAAACUCUGGCGAAGAUCGACAACUACAGCGGUGACGAACUCGGCGACCUGAUCAAGAAGUUCAACAUCAAAGGCCCAACUACCGGUGCAGAACUGGAUCCACCUAAAGCAUUCAACCUCAUGUUCCAAACUCAGAUUGGACCCAGCGCAGACAAGCCGAAUGGGUAUCUUCGUCCAGAGACCGCCCAGGGGCAGUUCUUGAACUUCCAGAAGCUGCUCGAGUUCAACCAACAGUCCAUGCCAUUCGCUUCGGCAUCCAUUGGAAAGUCUUUCCGUAACGAGAUCUCACCCCGAUCUGGAUUGCUGCGUGUUCGAGAGUUCCUAAUGGCUGAGAUCGAGCACUUUGUGGAUCCUGAAGGCGGGAAGAAACACCCGCGCUUUGAGGACGUCAAGGAGACGAAGCUUACGCUCCUGAAUCGAAAGGUUCAACUCUCUGGAAGUACGAAGACCGAAGUGGUGACCAUUGGAGAAGCGGUCUCUACUGGUUUGGUCGACAACGAAACACUAGGAUAUUUCCUCGUCAGAAUCCAGGACUUCCUGCUUAAGCUUGGGAUCGACCCAUCAAAGCUAAGAUUCAGACAGCACAUGGCAAAUGAGAUGGCUCAUUAUGCUGCCGACUGCUGGGAUGCCGAACUUUUCACAUCGUAUGGAUGGAUUGAAUGUGUUGGAUGUGCCGACCGAAGUGCCUACGAUUUGACUGUUCACAUGAACAAGACUGGUGCACCACUUGUUGUCCGCCAGACUAGAGCAGAGCCACUUGUGAUUGAGGAGUUUCAGGUUGAUCUGGAUCGAAAGAAGCUUGGACCUAAAUUCCGAAAAGACGCGAAAGCAGUCGAAAAUGCAGUGGAGGCGCUGUCGCAAGAACUACGAGAGAAACUGUCCUUGGACCUGGAAAAGUCUGGAAAGAUCGAGCUCCAGACGCCAGGAGUUGGAAGUGGAACGACCGAACUCGGCAGUGAUCUCGUUAAGAUCGAGAAGAGAAAGCGAACUGAGUAUACCCGCGAGUAUACGCCGAACGUCAUUGAGCCUUCCUUUGGUAUCGGGCGUAUACUUUACAGCUUGAUGGAACAUGUUUUCUAUACUCGCGAGGGUGACCUGGCGCGUGGUGUGCUCUCUUUCCCGCCCAUGAUCGCACCGACUAAGGUCCUGCUGGUCCCGCUGUCGAGCCACCCCGACUUCAAGCCAUUUGUCAAGAAGUUGACAAGCAGACUACGCCGGGUUGGAGUACCCAACAAAGUUGACGAUUCGUCUGCCAGUAUUGGAAAGCGGUAUGCUCGUAACGACGAACUUGGCACGCCUUUCGGAAUCACGAUCGACUUCCAGACUAUCAAAGACGGCUCGUUGACUCUACGUGAGCGUGACUCGACAAAACAAGUCCGUGCCAGCGAGGAUGAUAUCAUUGCUGCACUCAAGUCGUUGGUGGACGGCGAGGAGACGUGGGAGCAGGUCUCGAAGAGGCUGCCGGCCUUUGAAGGACAGGAAGUUGACUAAGCGAGCGAUGGGUGGCCAGUUGAAUUGUUUUCUGCUUUGUAAGAUACCCUACCAUGAUGGUGCAAUCAUCUUUUGCGAUGAACGAAAAGUUAUGAUGGCACCUCAGGAGAAGAUAGCCAGAGCACCGUGGCGGGAAAUGCUGGACUAUGUACUUCCACCAAUAGAGGUUUGUAUGAAUGUGUAGUAGUCUACUCUGAGCCCGAUCUUCUUGUAUACUUCCAGUAGUCGUAUCGUUGUGUGAAGCUGAUAUCCAUCUGGAUUUCAUAUGGGGACCUUUUGAGCCUCCCUCCGAUUUCCGAAAGCCGAGUGCAUUAGCGAUAGCGAGACCAUAUCGAGACCCCUGAAGUAAGCGAACCUAUCAAAUCUGACUAUCAAACAAUGAUCUAAGAUC